AUGGCUCCCUGGCAAGUCGAUAAAGGCAAGUGGGUUCAGGCCAUCACUUCUGGCCGUGUUUUGGGCAAGCAGCUCUCUGACAUUAAUCAGAGUCCAAGUACGGAGCUUGGGACCAACUUCGAUGCCGGGCGAGUCGACGUUGUUGUGACAGCGCCAACCAACGCUCCUGGUCAGGGCGAAUCUACAAACCACGAGGAACCAGGAGGUUUUGACAUCACCGAUGCUGAUUUGUUCGAAGGCGCUGAGUCCUCGACUGACCUGCCACCAGUCUCAGUGCGUCGCCGCAGCAGGAGGGUGAGGUUUGGUGGAGCCGAAUACUUCCAGGAAACUGCGAAUGGUUUCCACUACCACUUCGUCCCACCGACGGUGCGUGUGCCUAUUGUCGACGUGGCGGUCGGUAAUUAUCACCUCAACCUCUUGUCCCGGCCAGUCCGUGUUCCUGGACAUGCGCAUGAAGAGGGCCUGGCGCAAGACCAUCGACCUCCGAGGAGGGGCCCCUUCCUAGUAUUCUGGUUCCUCAUCUUCUGCCUGCAGAUCGGCGGCUGGGCUUGCUUGAUCCGGUACCUGUCUCGCUAG